UCUUGAAACACGAGUAAGAUUUUCAGCUGACGAGAAAAACAAAUCGAACAAUGGCAUUGACUUGUGCUGUUAUUAACUGCUCUAAUUCAGCGUACUGGUUGAAUAAAUGGAAAAAACAACUUUGUACACAAUGUGGCUGCCUUCAUAAAGAGAAAGAUUGCAAAUGUGAUCCACCGUUCAGGCUCUUUUGCUUCCCAACAAAGAUCAAAAACAGUGAAAGACGGGAGCGGUGGAAACAGUUAAUUGGAAGGAAAAAUGGGUCGAAACUUUGGACACCGGGAAAAGAUAGUCGGGUUUGCAGUAACCAUUUUGUAGAAGGUCAGCCGACUGUUCAGAAUCCACUUCCAACCCUCAACCUUGGCUAUGAUGGUUAUGAAUCACGAGUGAAAAGGAUACUCUUCCUACAAGAGAAACCUGUUCAGGUUGGAUACCGUGUACUAUCCAUUCAGUCGGAGGAAGAGCUGUUUGUAGCCACUCCGUAUUACCCAGAUCCCGAAGAAGAAUGUUUGAAACAGUCCAGUUUCAUGUCGUCUUUCCCGGUUGUGCUGCUUAUGGUCAUACAGUGCAUGUUAAUAAUGGGUUCGGCUAUGGCAGACAAGAUACAGAAACUUACUGCAGAAAAUGCUAAACUGAGACAAGAACUAAGAAACCUCAGAAAUAAGAAAUAUGUAGACAAUGUUCUUAAAACCGAUGACGAUGUGAAUUUUUACACUGGUUUUAAAUCAUUAACUGUGUUUGAAAAGCUUCACAACAUAAUAGCCCCGUUAGUUAAUCGACGAUGGUUAGGUGUUAAGGCGUACAAGUCCAAGGUUCGAAACUUUAAGAAAGAGCAAGCUAGGUUUGGACCGCUAAGAAAGUUAAGUUCGAGAGCUGAGUUCCUUCUGAUGCUAAUGCGCCUCCGCCUUGGUUUACUUGGUCGUGAUCUAGCAAAUCGUUUCCAAAUAUCUGAAUGUUUGUGUGGACGAAUAUUUCAUGCAUGGUUGAAAGCAAGUGCCAAAGUUUUCAGUACAACAGUAUUUAUGCCAGACGAAGAGACAUUAAUCGGAUCAAAACCGAGGAAGUUCCAACACAUUCAGGACUUGAACUGUAUAAUAGAUUGUACAGAAAUUUUUAUCGAGACGCCGAAGGAUGUUGAGAUGCAAUGUAUUACAUGGAGCGACUACAAACACCAUACUACAUUAAAAGUACUCGUCGCAUGUGCCCCAAACAGUGCAAUAACAUAUGUGUCACCAGUUUAUACUGGAAGAAUUUCAAACAAAGCAUUGACUUUGGACUGUGGUUUCUUAGACAGACUACCCCCUUAUUCAAUGAUCAUGGCUGAUAAAGGCUUCAAUAUUUUGGAGGAAUGCUCAUCUCGGUCAAUUUCUUUGUAUGUGCCACCAGGUCGCUGCGGACAAUCCCAAAUGACAUCAGCCGCUGUUCGAAAAAACCAAAAACAUUGCAAAUUCCCGUAUUCUUAUUGAACAGGUGAUUCGACGUUUAAAGACUUUCAGAAUUAUCCAAGGAGAACUUCCAAUUACGCUUAUACCACAGACCGAUGAUAUUCUAACAGUGUGCAGUGGAAUAUCAAAUCUGAGAGGGCCGAUAUACAAAUGAAAACAGACAAUGAAGAGACAUCCUACAUGUGAUGGAUGUAACAGAACAAAACAAAAGUGAAGUUUAGAAACUGUUGCCAGUAUUAAACAUUGUAUUAUAGAUCUUUCAUGGUGAUAUUAGGAUAAUUUCAAAGACAUAGUUACAUGUUUAAGUUAAAAGAAGUAUCAGUAUUUAUUUAUUAGAAAACAGAAAAUAGCCAAACUAGUCAAUUAUGUAUAACUAUAAAAGUAUUAUUGUAAAAAUAAAGUUCAUAUAAAUUUAAGUCAACUUAAAAAGGUGUUCUUUAAUUUUAAUUAGCCAUCAAGCUUCUGUUGGCCAGCUGAGCUUGGUGGCUUUCUAACAAGUAAGAUUUUACACCAAGCAGGAAUAUGACCUACAGCGGUGAGAGGCAAGUGGUCUGAAGUCAGCGAGCUUAAACCACUCAACAACAGAGGUCUUUGAAUUUAGCAUUACCGUCUUAUUUCCUCGGCCUACAGAUUUUAUUUCAUAAAAAGCCCCUUUUAACAACAACAAGACUGCAUUUAGGUGGUAUAUAUGAGUCACUCUGUCUGUCUGGCCAUAUGCAGUAUAUAUGAUCCCCGCUCUGUGAAAAAGGGGUUUAAUGCCUGUGCGUAGUGUCGACCCAGAUUAGCCUGUGCAGUCCACACAGGCUAUUCAGGGACAACACUUUCCGCUUAUGAUAUUUUUCGUUUCAAGAAAGUCUUUUCUUAGCAAACAC